GCCGGUCCCCUUUCCUGCUCCUUUUCUCCUGGGUGUCGCGCCGCGGCAUGUGGGCUCCGGCCGGCGGGCUGUUGGGCCCCCGCGCGGGACUCCGGGCGCUGCUGUGCGGCCGCGACGCCGCGCUCCUUCCGGGCCGCGCGCGGGCCCUGCACGGCUCCGCAGUCGCCUGCGGCAGCAAGAACUUGCUCAAGAAGUUCGCCUCUAAGUCCAAAAAAAAGUUUUGGUAUGAAGGUCCUUCCUUGGGGUCUCACUUGACUCACACGCCGUCCAAGCUGGAACUCAUGGUGAAGAGUACUGCAAGGAAAACCAGGAAGGAAGACCACGUGCGCCUGAGGACCCUGAAUGGCCUCCUCUAUAAGGCGCUGACAGAUCUGCUGUGCACCCCUGAAGUGAGUCAGGAGGUCUGCGACCUGCACCUGGAGCUCUCCAAGGUCUCCCUGACUUCAGACUUCUCAGCCUGCCGCGUGUACUGGAAGACAACGCUCUCUGCGGAGCAGAACGCACACGCACGGGCCGUCCUGCAGAGAAGCGCCCCACACAUGAGAUUGACCAGUUACUGGCAGGGGCCGACUUUGGACCCCCAGAUGGAGAGCACGCACCAGACGAUUCCAGGGACCCCGACGCCCCACCGCUGUGUGACACCGCGGAACCGGCCACGCACUCGAGUCUGUGUGGGAUCGAUCACCAGGCGCUCAGCAAGCAGAUCAUGGAGUACAAGAGGAGGAGAGAGGGCAGGCUCGGGGGUGCAGCUGGGCCGGGGCCAGCGGCCGAGCUGGCAAAGCUCAUGGCAAAAGGGAAGAAGAAGGCCAGGCCCCGCGCGGGACAGGACAGCUCCCUCAGGAGUUACCUGGCAGGUGGGGACGACCUGGACGACGGCCGGCCGUGAGGGCCACCCCCAGGGCUCAGAGGAGGAACGGGAGGCCGAGAGAGGAGGCCGCGGAGCAGGGCACAGGCGCCGUGCCGGGUGAUGGGCGCGCGGCAGCUCUGCCUGCCAUGGCUGUGGGGGGCACGUGCCCGCCUGAGCCUGUCAGGGAGCCGUUGGCACGAGGUACAGCCUGUGGCUUCAGACAGUUGGUGGCUUCGUCUGCUCCUCUACCACGUCGACGGUUUAGCUCUUCCAUGUAUGUACACGUGGCUUCCUAUAGAAAGUCAGUGGUUUUUCGUCCAGCACUCUGUGUGUGGUUAAAAAAGCAAACAGCCAGAUUCACAAAUUCUCACAGAAGUUUAAAUAGUAAAAUAGCGUCUCCACCGGCAGAGCUGGCGAGCGGCAGCGAGUUCUGGGCCCGCGGAGCCGGCGCAGCAGGGCGGGCUGAGAGCUGACCCUGCCGGCCCGGCCAGCUCGCCAGGGCUGCUGAGCAGGGCCCAGCACCAGGGGCUUCGUCCGCUGGCGGGUCUUCAGUGUGGCCUUGUGCAGCAGCGUCCCCUCCUGGCUGAGGACACGGCUGAGCAGAGGGUGCGAGGUGGUGGGUGUGGUGGGGCGUCCUGGCUGACCCUGGCCGAGACCGUAGCCCCCGUCAGACCAGCAGCGUGACCAGUUUCCCCUCCACGCCCGGCCGGCCGCUGUGUGUUCCCAGAGUCCGUCCAAACAUCAGGCAGGCCUGGCCUUUGCCUUCUGGGGAGCAUGUGACCGUGACACACAAGCCUCGAGAAGCGUCUGUGUGUUGCGCUGCGUCUUUUGUGUCACCUCCAGUGUGCACUAAAGAAGGUGACGGCUGUCGGCCCCUCCACUGUGAACUCACUUCUUCUCUGUAACUAGUGAGUAUUUCUGGGGAGGUACUUAGAAGUGACGUAAAUGUUUCAUUUUAUUCAGUUGUUUAAUCAGCACAAACUCAGGGUUUCCUGUUUUACUCAAUAGUUAUGUUCAUUUGUUUUGACGUUUAAAUUGUCCCUAAUUUGGCCAGUGGGAGCCUGUAUUAGUUUCCUGUGGCUGCUUGUCCCCCAGCUCUGGAGGCCAGACGUCCGGAUCAAGGCGUGGCAGGGCCGCUCCCUCCAGGGGCUCCAGCGGAGGGUCCCUUCUUGUCUCUCCCAGCACCGGUGGCCUUAAGCAUUUCUCGGGAAUAUAAAAACUAUAUAUGUGUAUUCACAUUUCCUUACUUAAAAGGCAGCAUGUCGUACGCUUUCUGGACCCUGCUGUCCACGCUCAGUGCUGUGUCCUGGGCCUCGGCCCCGUGUCCAGGGAGCUCCCUCGGGCUGCCCCCCGGAGUGGCCUCCUCACACGGGCACCUGUGCUCACUCUCCUCCUCUUUGUUCUGUUAAAUUGUGAAAUACACUGCAUUUCUAUACAUUAUGGAUACAAUAAUACAUAGUACAUAUUGUUUUGUACAGUUUAAAUCAGUUAAGUGAAAAGUACACAUUUAUUCUGUGUCUUAUGAUUAUGUAGUUACCUUUACUGAUGCUCUUUGUGUGGAUUCAGAUCUUCAUCUGGGAUCACUUGCUUUCAGCGUAAAGAGCUGCUUUCGUGUUUUCUUGUAAGGCAGGUUUGCUAACAUUGAAUUCUCUCUGUUUUUGUUUAUCUAGGAAAGUCUUUAUUUUGCCUUUGUCUUUGAAAGUUGGCUUUGCUGUCUAUAGGAUUCUUGGUGGACAGGUUUUUCUCUGGGAGCAUUUCAACGUGUUCUCCCUCCCGGGCUCCCUGGAUUCUGCUGAGAAUCAGUUGUUAACCUUGUCGAGGUGUCCGGCAUCGUUUUUCUGUUUUUCUCUUGCUGUUUUUGGUAUUUUCUUCUUGUCUUUUCCUUCUUGCUCUUUUAGUAUGAUGUGUCUGUGGAUCUUUUUUUGCUUAUUCUAUGUGGAGUUCAGCAAGCCUCCUAGGUGUGUAUAUUAUUGAGAUUUUUUUUUCUUGUUACUUUUGGGACAUUUUAAGCCAUUAUUUCCUUGAAUAUUUAUCUUCUCUGUUCUCCCUUUCCUCUCCUUCUUUCCAUCCUGUGUACACUGGUCCAUUUGAUGGUGCCCGCAUUUCUCUGGGGCUUCGUUUUUCUCUCUGUCCUGAUUGCAUCGUCUCUAUUGAUCUGUUCUCAAAUUUGCUAAUUCUUUAUUCUGCCAGGUCAGAUCUGUGAUUUAGCCCUCUAGUGAAUUUUUCAUUUUAGUUCUGUACUUUUCAGCUGCGGAAUUUCUGUUUGUUUCUGCUUCACGAUUCCUGUCUGGCUGUCGGCCUUCUCUCCCUGACGCAGCGUCGCCUGUGUUUAUCAUGGUCUCCGUUAGUUCUUUGGACAUGUUUAUAAUGGCUGCUUUGAAGGCUUUUUCUGUUAUUAGUAAGUCCAACAUCUAGUCACUCUAACAGGAACUUUCUGUUUCUUGCUUUUUUCAUAGUUCCCUGUUUCUUUGCAUGUGCUGUGACAUUCGUUGGAAACUGAACAUUUGAGAUGACACGUGUGGCAACUCUGGGCUUGUUUCUGUGAUUUCCUUGCUUAUUUGCUUAGUGACUGGCUGGGCUGUUUUACUGGAGUCUAUCUCCUCCCACCCGGGUUCCCAGAGUGUUGAGUAUCUGAUGUUGCUCCUCAGGGAACUCAACCUUGGCCGAGUCCAGUCACCCUGGGAUUUGGUGAGGGCUCUCUCAGACGCUUUUCUUGAUCACACCCAGAUGUUUAAUCCACCAGUCGUUCUAUUGUUUCAACAAUGCUCUGGGGCGUAAAUCACUCCACAGCCUGAAGAACCAAAUCUAGGACGCUUUGAAGGGACAGUUGCUGAGGUCAGUGUUUGAGGUUUGUUCUGACCUCGGGUGGGCUCCGUCCAGCUGUCUCUGCCCAGCUCUCCUUGGCAACCUGGGGGACCCACAGUGUAACCUGUAUCUUCAGUGCAUCUGCCAGUCUCCUCCCACUCACCUGCCACCGUAACCGCCACUGUUUUUGAGAGCACCCUUCGGCUGGAACUUCUCCACACUCUGUUGCAAUGAAAUCAGUUCAUUUGGGAGGAGACUAGGAUUUAUCUGCUUUGCAGCAAAAAUCUACAGCCAAAAUCUCUGAACCACAGCCGUGGAGCUGGGGGUGGGGGUGGCAGUGGCCUGAGGUCCUGGCCUCCCCUGGGGAGAAACCACCACCAGGACCCCAGUACUCCCAGCACAGCGGGUGGCAGGCAGAGCCUCGGUCCCACGAGGAGGCACCGUGCAGAAGGGAGCCUCCGCCGCCCUUCCCAGGCAGGGAGCCCUCUGGCCACAGCCUGGAGGUGAAGGAAGCCCGGUUCCUGGGUCCGCCCGUCUGGCGUGGAACUUCGCUUCACCGCGGCAGCUCUCAGAGCAACGUGCAGGAUGUGCUCCCUUGUGAGCAGGCGGGAAAUACAGUGUACUCCGAGCAGCCUGUGGCGAGUGAGCCGUUUCCGCUGGACGCGGGGCGCGGCUGUGUGGGCAGGGGAGGGCCUAGCACUGCCUGCUGUAGGGUCUGAAUUGUCAAGAAAUGGACUGUUUUUACUAUGUAAAGGAGUUCCAUUUUGAGCACAGAAAAGUAGAUCUGACGUUUGUGUUUAGCCUUCGGUAUUAUUGUUAUUAAAUUAAAUACGUAUCUGUUUAAUUAAAGCUCAAACAUUUGAAACGA